AUGGCCAGCCCAAAAGGAAAAGGGAAAGCGCCCGCCGCCGCCUCGUCCUCCUCCGCCACCCCCUCGAUCCCCCUCCCCACCAGACUCCAGCGAAAGCUAGCGCCCUUCCGCAAAGCAGCCCUCGGCAUCGCAGAGGGCAUCCAGUCCACAGCGGAGUCCGCGAUCACCGACAUCGUCCGUCAAGACCCGGCCUACGACCACCUCCUCCCAAAGUCCACGUACUACAAGUACGUCGAGGACGACGUCACGUUCUACGAGGUGACGAGAGAGCCGCGGGCAUCAGGUGCAACGGACUGCAAGGGCUCGGUUGAGGCAAGCUUGUGGCGUGGUGCGAUCAUGCAUACGAACUGCCAGAAAGCGGUAUAUUGUCUCCUGGAAAAGGUCCGGGAAGUACUGAGCGGCGACCCUGACGUCGAGCAAGUCGACUGGCUCCAGCGCGUCAUCCAGCCGACGAACGUCUUCUUCCCAUCCGAUCGCGACGACGAGGUCCCUAUAUACACGCACGACAUCAUGCGCAUCAAGUCUCGGCAGGGGUCGUUCUUCGUGCUAGAUGUCACGUUCGACCAGUUCGGCCUCGAGAAGUGGUUGUUUACCAUGAAGGAGUACAACGACCUCGAGCUUAUACAAGUCAUGCGCCCCAACAAGGUCAAGGAGGACGCCGUGAUUGCUGAGCUGCUGAAGCAGGGACCGGGGCUGCCGGCGGUAAAGGCUGGAGUUGAGCGGGCGAUGGCGGAGGCUGAGACUGAGUGGGCGAAGGAGGGUGUUAGGUGGGAGAACUUCGAGACGCUGACGGAUCAUCAGCGAGAGCGACUGCUGAGCGGUCUGGCUGAUAGGGUGCAGCAGCGCGUUGUGGAGGCGAGGACCUCUGCUCCUUGA